ACUAGCUCGAGCUUACCUCGAUUAUUCUCCGUACUUUUUUUUUUUAUUUAACACUCAUUGCCACUCUUCAAGACUCAUGACCUCGGCAGAGCUUUGUGUGUUGUGGGAUCCGUCUGAGAGCAAGAUGAACUCUUCUGUGUUCCCUUAGAGUAAAACUAAAUACUAAUGCCAAAAUGGAAAGCAGGCACCACCCAGUGAAGUGGAAAAGGAUUGGUGUGCCAUGCAUCCUCUUUCUGCUGGCUGUUUUAAGGCAAUGUGAUGCCACUGAAGUGCAGAACAUCUUUAACAAUACAGUGACAUGUCAAGAGAACGAAUACCAGCAUACUGGUUUCUGCUGCGAUAAAUGUCAUCCAGGAUUUAAACUAAAGCAGAAAUGCGUAGGAGAGGGCAAGAGAUCAAACUGUGUGAUUUGCAGCCCUGGAACAUAUCAGGACCACAUGAACCAUUACAUGAACUGCUUCACGUGCCGUGAACCAUGCGAUGCACUUUCUAAAGAAAUUGAGAUUGAGCCAUGCACAAAUAAGCACAAUAGAAUAUGUGGCUGUGAGGCAGGAUACUACAAAAAUGUAGUAAAUGAAAUUACCAUGUCAUGUGAUCCCUGUCGAAAGUGCGGAAAGGGUGAAAGGGAGACCAGGCCAUGUGAAAAAGAGAGGAACACUGAGUGUGACUGUAAACAUAACCAUUACCGUGUAGCGAAAGGAAUCUGUGCACCAUGUACAAACUGCAGUUCUAAGUGUCCUGAGAUGUGCCAAUCAACUGACCUAACAACCCCAACACCACCUCUGAUACCAGGUCUUCAUUUACAGACAGCAUUUCUGGUGUGUCUGUCUGUGGUAAUUGGUUUGGUGUGCUUUAUAAUUGUGUAUUUCGGAGUCAAAUACUGCAAGAGGAUUCAAACUCUGUACAGUCAAUCACACAAGGCAUGUGACCCAGAGAACCAAGUGGGAAAGAAUGAAACACAUAAUUGCAUACAAGGCAAAGAUGUUGAAAAACUGUUAUCCAGCAGUCAACCAGAGACUGUGCUACCUGAUUGUAUUCCCAGAGAGAUCAAAACUCCCGAGUUUAUUUACUUUGUGCUAUACAUUGUCCCAGUCAGCCGCUUUAAGGAACUGGUGCGGCGCCUAAACGUCUCUGAGCAGGACAUCGACAGAGCAGAAAGAGAUCACCGGGCAUUUGCUGAUGCCCAGUAUCAGAUGCUGAUGGUUUGGGUUGAGAGUGGCACUAGAGGAGGGAAAAGUGUCCUGCCAUGUCAACUCCUUCAGGAAUGUGUGAACACACUGAAGGAUAUGAAUUUGACUGCUUGUGCAGAAAGCAUAGAGGACAAGUAUGCCACAUCAUCAUCAUAUAAUUAAAUCAAGUAUGGAUGCACAGCAGUUAUGAAAUUGAGUGCAAACUAUUAUAGCAGUGGUGCGUAACGCUUUUUGUCUUUAAUUAGCAUUAGGGUUGAAUUGCAGAGCUGCUAAGUUGAGUAACUGUAUUGAUGUAGAUACAAAAUCUUUAGCAAAAUGUUUGUGAAAGUGUUUUCAAUAGUGUAAAUCUGGUAUUGCAGUGAAAAAAAGGUAUUUGCCUGGUUUAAUUUAUUUCAGUAUUCUCAUCUAAGCAGCUCUGUAUAUUACAGAACCACACUAACUCUAUAUGGGCGUUUUGAUGUAUGAUUUGUUUAUAGUACCAUAUACAUUGCAUUUUAUAUGUUUGUAUUGCUUUUCAUUACUGUUCUACUUAGUUUAAAAAUGUCUUUCAGGUGUCCUCUGGAUUUAUAAUGGAUCUUGCAGUCUACAGGUCUUGUAGAGUCUUGUAGGGCAAACAAAAGAUUUCAGGGUGUUAGAGAGUACGUGGUGGUGUUCUGAGUGGGCACAUUAAUGUAGCUCUGGAAACACUUCAUUUCUUUGCUGUUGAGUUUAAAACCAUGAAUAAAAUCAGUAUUUUAAACUACCUUAUUGUUACUUUUGCAUUAAAAUUAAAAAUUUAUAUUUUGUUUAUGAUUGAUAUAGUUUAUACAGGACGUGUUAUUUUAGGCUACAAGGCACAAUUUUUCUUCUGCAGUAAGAACUUGCUGUCUCUUUCAGCUACUGCUUUAGUUAUUCUGUUAGUAAAGCAAAACUAAAUCAGCAUUAUACCCAAGAGCUUUGAAAGUAUGCUGUAUGAAAUGUAUGUAAAUUCUGGAAUAUUAUUCAUGAGGUCAUGCUUAGAUUAUAAAAGUCAAAUACCCCAUUCCCAGUUUUGGUUUAACUGCAUCUGUGUGCUGCGUUUUGAACUUUAAUUUGUUUUCAUGUGAUUUCAGAAGUAACAGGAAGUGAGACAGGGCCAUUCUCAAAGUUUGUAGUAUCCUGCCUCACAGCCACAUAUUCUGUUUUGCUUAUUUGUGCAUGGCACAAUCUCAAUUUCUUUAGCUGUCAAGCAAAGAGUAAGAAAAAAAAGGGAAUAAAAAGUUAGUCACUUUGAAAUUUUAUAUAUUUAUUAUGUUAGGAAAGGUUUUUUACUCAACAUUAAGGAAUGACCUUUAAAUGACAUUCAUCUUCAAUGACAGCUGCUCAGGGUCAGGGUUAUGGUUGAUGUGCAUCUGGAAUACUUGCUAUAUGGGACACAAGUUUGUUGCUAGGCAACAUGCUUCUGUUAGAGAUUUACUUUAUCAUUGUGAAUUUUGGCCAAAUGUUUUGUAAUUUUUCUGACAUAAUAAAAAAUAUUUUUGUGUGU